AUGCCUUCCAAGUCCUCCAAGUCCAGCAGCUCUAGCAGCUCCGGCUGCGGCUGUCGCUGCUUCUCAUUCAAGACCCUGAGCUUCUUGGCCAUCUUCCUUGCCCUGUUCUCCGCGGUCUACCGAUUCCUCGACGCGCGCCUGGAGCAAUUCUACAUCUUCGACCCGGACCACCUCCACGAUCUUUCCCAGCGGGCCAUCAGCGCCCAUGGCGAAGACACUCGUUCCAUUGUCAACUUCAUUGUUGCCGAGCUGGAGCAGAAGGUCGGCCCCAACUACCUGAGCACUCAGGAGGAGUGGGUCUUCAACAAUGCUGGCGGUGCCAUGGGCGCCAUGUACGUGAUCCACGCCAGUAUCACGGAGUACUUGAUUGUCUUCGGUACCGCCAUCGGCACUGAGGGCCAUACCGGUCGCCACACCGCCGACGACUACUUCAACAUCCUCCAGGGCACCCAGUUGGCCUAUGUCCCGGGCGAGUUCAAGCCCGAGGUCUACCCCGCCGGUAGCGUGCAUCACCUUGUCCGCGGCGAGGUCAAGCAGUACAAGAUGGACGAAUCUUGCUUCGCGCUGGAGUACGCCCGUGGCUGGAUCCCUCCCAUGCUGUUCUUCGGCUAUGCCGAUACCUUCUCCAGCACCCUCGACUUCCCCACUCUGUGGGCUACCACCCGCAUCACUGCCGUUGAGAUGGUUGGAAACCUGCUGCAGCUCAAGCUGUAA